ACAACAAGAAAAUGGUAACAAUGAAGGAGAAGGCACAUUAUAACAAAACUCACUAUUGCAGAUGCCAAACAAAGGCAAUAGCAACAGUGUAUAGGGAAAUGGGUCAAGAAAAGAAAGAUAUUGUGGAAGAAAUGGGAUUUGGUGGUCUGACACAUGUGCCAGAAAUGAAUGUCUUUGAUACACUAUUGAUAGAAUUGCUUGAUCGGUUUGAUGUAGAGAGUGGAUGCCUAAAAACUCUACAAGGGACAAUAUACAUAACUCCUCGGAAGGUAGCAGCUGCCCUCGGCAUAACCAAUGGAGGGAAUCUUUUUCCUGAAAAGGUUGAUUACAACAAGCUGAAUCCAGCAGAAAAAUAUUUGACAGUGUCAAAAAUAUUUCCUUGGCAACUUUGACAAAGAAUGUGCUGGAUAUGAGUGUAGAAGGGGAAGAGAACCAGAAAAAAUUCAAGAGGACUUUUGUUGUCUUCAU